AUGCGGAUGCCGUCGUUAAUCGAUACCCCCAUCAGCCGGCCGCCGUCGACCGUCAGCAGCGCGCAGUUCAUGUACGCUCCGCCGGGGCUGGAUAGCAGCAGUACAGGCGCCACAAUUUCUUCGGGACGGCCGGUCCGGCCCGCAGUACAGCGCUUGGCGGCACGCUUGGCCUGGUGGUUGAUGUCGUACGAGUGCUUGCCGACGGUGGUGCCCGUCAUUUCAGAGGGAAAGAUGCCGGGGCAUAUGGUGUUGACGCGGAUGUUCAUUCUGCAAUGUUAG